GUGUCUUGUUCUUGGUGGGUCACAGACAAAUUAACUUCCCCAUUCCCAAGUUGUAUAGUUAAUGAGUUCUGAGAAAGCAAAGCCAACGCGGUCAGAUCAUUGAGAUGUCAACAUUACUAAACAAAAAUACUGCUAAAAUGAAAAUUAAGCAUUUCAUUUUUCUUCCUUUGCACAAUCUGCUUCUAUAUAUCCAUCUCUACCCCUCACUUCACUUCUCACAAGCUCCUUGCUUAUUUUCCUCUCUUCUCUCGCUCGACUCUUCACUGCAAAUGUUGACAAAUUUCAAGAUUCCCUUCAAAAUGGAGGGAUGUAUGAACGAGGAAGCCAUAACCAAAUCCACUUAUGCAAGCUCAAAGAAGGGCUUAAUGGUUGCCGGGUUGCAAAGCCUGUUACUAGAAGGAGAUAUUUCUAAUGUUGUCACUAAAUCUGCUUUGAAAACACAUCGCCUUCAAGUCCAGGCUAGCUCCGCUGAAUAUUGCUACCUCAAAUCAUGUUACUUAUGCAACAAGAUAUUGAGCCUUGACAAGGAUGUCUACAUGUACAGGGGUGAUCAAGGCUUUUGUAGCAUAAAGUGCAGAAAUAGGCAGAUUGUCUUGGAUGAAAUGAGAGAACUAGAAGCGUCUAGCAAGGAAAGAUUAAAAUCUUAUAAGCACUGCAGUACCACUGCCGGUCGGCAUGAGACACGCCGAGUCCUAGAGGAGCUCCGCCGGAGCCAUAAGCCACGUCCUCAUGAAAACCAUUGGACAAUAGCUUCCUAGUCUGCAUAACUUUUUCUUUUUCCUAAUUUUUCUUUUUUUUUUUCCUUGAGUUUGUACUAAACAGAUAAUUCAAUGAGAGGGAUAAUGUAAAGUUCAACGAAAAAGUGACUAGUGGGAUUUUUUUAAGAUUAUUUGUCGUAUGAAACAACAGAUAGAGACGAUCUCAAAGCUGAUCUUUUGUUCCUCUUUCAAGUAGAUGAGUAUUGAUAUUCAUGUACAUCACCAUCAUUCCUUUGUCUGUUUCAGUAAGAUCAAAAAACAGGGUGCCCAAGGAAUCAACAGUAACCAUCUUUAAUUGACA